ACGAUAAGUCUGAAUAAGUUUGAAUAAUCCCAUCGAUAUGUACCUAGCUAUACUCAUUUAACUUGACUUGCUCAUCUAUCUUACAUCUGAUGUAAUGAGAUAUGCUUCAUGAUGUCUCUUAGUCGGGUGCUCAUCGCCAAUCGUGGUGAAAUCGCUGUGCGAUGUAUUCGUGCAUGCAAGCAACUAUCUAUCACCAGUCUUUCCAUAUUCACACCAGCAGAUUCAGGAUCGCUUCACGUUCGUCUUGCCGAUAUAAGCAUCUUGCUUGAAGACGAAGGACCCAAGGCAUAUACCAAUGUUGACGUCAUUCUAGAUAUAUGCAAGAAGCAUUCCGUUGAAGCUGUGUUCCCGGGAUACGGUUUCUUGAGUGAGAAUGCUGACUUUGCAAGACGUGUCCAUGAUGCCGGCAUGGUCUUCGUCGGUCCCGACAGUGAGGCAAUCCACAGUAUGGGCCUCAAACAUGUAGCAAGAGAUCUAGCUGUUGCUGCGGGUGUCCCUGUCAUCCAAGGAUCGAAGCUACUCGGAAGCGCAGAGGAGGCGCUGACUACAUCACGAGAUAUAGGGUUUCCAGUCAUGCUCAAAGCCUCUGGCGGUGGUGGAGGUAUGGGCCAACAAGCCUGCUGGACCGAGGAUGAGAUUCCGGCGGCCUUUGCCAGUGUAGAAAGUCGCUCGAAAGCGCUCUUCGGCGAUUCUGGAGUCUUUAUGGAAAGCUACUAUCCCACGAGCCACCAUAUUGAGGUCCAAGUUUUUGGUAACGGAACUGAGGUAAUCCACUUUGGCGAAAGAGAAUGCAGCAUUCAGAGGCGGCGACAGAAGGUCAUUGAAGAAUGUCCAAGCCCCUACUUAGUUGAUAAGCCAGAGAUACGCGACCGACUCGUCGCCUCUGCUUUGACUUUAGCCAAGUCGAUAAAAUACCAAUCGGCCGGGACUGUAGAAUUUCUCGUUGACGAUGAAACGGGAGAUUUCUUCUUUUUAGAGAUGAACACGCGCUUACAGGUUGAGCACGGUGUCACCGAGCUUUGCUAUGAUAUUGAUCUAGUAGCAUUGAUGCUGCGGCAAGCGGAAUAUCAACUGGCUGGAAAAGCUGGUAUUCCCUCUGACGAACUUCUAGAAAUCCAGACAAAGGUUCCCAAGGGAGCGGCGAUUGAAGUCCGAGUAUGUUGCGAAAAUCCAGCCGACUCAUUCAUGCCUAGCUCGGGUCAUGUCCAGUCAAUCUCCUGGCCUGAUGAAUCUGCCCGUAUUGAUACCUGGAUACAAUUGGGGUCUUUCGUGAGCCCCUAUUUCGAUUCACUAUUAGCUAAAGUUAUAGUUCACUCACCUACAAGAGAGGGAUCUAUUAUCGCGAUGCAGAAGGCCUUGAGUACAUCGGAAGUUGGCGGACUGGUCACAAACUUGGCAUUUCUUGGAUCCAUCAUUCGUUCGAAUGAAUUCUGUGGCGGAAAAACUCUCACAACAUUCCUAGAGACCCAGUUCACUUUUAAUCCCACGGGUAUGCAAGUCAUAAAACCAGGGGCUUCCACCACUGUCCAACAAGCCCAACCAAGAACCAGGAAGGGUUACGGCAUACCUAUAAGCGGGCCAGGGGAUGACUUGUCUGCCAGAAUUGCGAAUUUACUCGUUGGAAAUUCGGAAAAUGUCGAAUGUUUCGAGGUUAUUGCCCAGGGACCAGAACUCCUCUUUCAUAGCGUAUGCGUAGUAUCCAUUACAGGCUCACCAUUUAUCGUUGACAUUGACGGGAAGCCGAAAGAUAUGUGGUCCAGGAUUAUCGUCAAACCAAAGGAGGUACUCAAGAUAGGUGCAUCCGCUACUCCAGGAGGGCGAUGUUAUAUCGCAAUAAAGGGGGGGCUUCCUAAAUUACCAGAAUGGCUGGGAUCCAAGUCCACGACACAAAGUCUUGCUUUAGGAGGUCUUCAAGGUCGCCAGCUUCGAAGUGGGGAUUUCUUCGAGCUGGAGCACAUCGAGCAAUCUGAGAUACCUGACUCUUAUCAACUCCCACGAAGCUUGAUUCCUCCCAGCGAUGCGAAGACCAUCUAUGUGAUGCAUGGCCCACAUGACUCCAAUGAUUUGAUAACAGCAGCUGGUCGACAGACUAUCUAUUCCACCAAGUGGACAGUGGACUACAAUUGCAAUCGGACUGGCAUUCGCCUAGAUGGUCCGAAGAUAGAAUGGGCCCGAACACAUGGAGAAGAGGGUGGCAGCCAUCCGAGUAAUGUCGUUGAUUACCCCUAUCCAUCGCCGGGUGGGAUCAAUUGGACUGGCGACAGUCCUGUGAUAUUUCCGCAGGAUGCUCCUGGGUUAGGUGGCUUUGUAUGUUCUUCUACGGUGGUCACCGCGGAUAUGUGGAAGUUAGGAAAGCUCAAACCCGGAGACAAGACGACGUUGACACCGAUAUCCUACAAAUCGGCUCGAGAGUUAGCGGAACGAAAGACCAAAUUCCUACGUGCCGUUCAAGGGCAUAUAUCUAAUGGCACUUUGAGUCAUGAGAACCCGCUUUCACUUUUAGAGGUGGAAGAAGUAGCCGCAGACACAGACGCAGUAUUGGAAGUCAUUCCUAGUAGCACCGCUUCAGGAGCAAAACUCACCUUACGUCAGGGUGGAGAUCGGUUCAUCAUCAUCGACAUAGCUAUAAGUUCUCAAAAAGUUGGCCUCGAUACCUCGGUAGCGGCGAACAAUCUAGCCAGAGCCAUUCAAAACAGAGACACACCAGGUACAUACGUGCAUGUGAACAUUAACUCGAUAAAUGUCGAAUACGAACCGGAGAUAAUUGCUCAAUCAGACGUCGUCGCCCUAAUCAACGCAGCACAUCAACAGAGUAGCAACCUCGAAAAGCCAGUAUCAGCUCGUCGCUUCACGUUGCCCAUCGUAUUCGACCAUCCCUCUAUUCGCGAAGCAGAGAAACGAUACUCCACUAUGCAGCGUGAGAAAGCCGUUUAUACGGACGAUAAUGUCGCAUACGUGCAGAAGAACAACGGUCUUUCUUCUCGUAACGACGUCUUCGACAUUCUUCGCAAGACACGAUUCCUUGUCGUGACGGUCGGAUUCAUGACUGGCUUACCGAUUAUGUGGCCUCUAGAUCCCCUUGCGCGCCUCACUGGUCAGAAGUACAAUCCCACUCGGAUCACAACACCGCCAGGUACCGUAGCUCUCGGCGGUGGCUUGUUCUGUGUAUACCCAGCAGACCAACCGGGAGGUUACAUGAUGCUUGCCAGAUCAAUCCCGGUGUGGGAUACGUACGCGCUACGACCAGGGUUCCGAGAGUCCAAGCCUUGGCUAUGCGAACCAUUCGACUUGAUCGAAUUUGAAGAAGUAACCCUCGAGCAGUAUACCGAGAUACUGAGACAGUUCGAAGCCGGCACGUAUGAGAUAAAGGUCGAGGAAACUACAUUUGAUGUCCACGCUGAGCUCGCAAAAGAACACGAGGCCAGCCGUUUGCCUACGACGAUUGAAUUCCGCGCCAAGCAAGCAGCGGCAGAACAGAAGAUGCGCAUUCGCGAAGAAGAGCUGCUUUCAGAAUGGAAGUUGGUUCAAGAGAAGAACCGUGGAAGUGUACCUCGACAAAUCGAUGAUGCGACACCUGGGAUCAAGGUCGCGUCGCCUCAGAUUGGUAAGGUAUGGAAACUCCACGUCAAAUCUGGAGAUGUUAUCGAGAAAGGUAAGGCGAUCAUAGUGUUAGAAGCUAUGAAGAUGGAGAUCGAGGUUCCCGCGGACGAGUCUCAUCAUGGAUUGGUGGUUAAGGAGCUUUUGGUGCAGGAAGGGACCUUGGUAUCACCCGGGACGCAUCUUGUCCUUCUCGAGGAGCCUGCCUAGGUAGGCAAGUCGUGACAGUUUAUCGUUUGGGAUGUAUCAUGAAUGUUAGGAUAAGGAUAAUGGACUACGGUAUGAUGAAUUUAGCAUGAGGACCCUUGAUUCGAGAUGCCGAGUCACGUAGGUACUAUUAGUAGAUAUGCGUCUAAGCUACCUAUCUGUCGCUAUGGAGACGCAUAAUGCGUCUUGCUUGCCCAGUGC